AGAAUUGACAAAAUUGUCACUGCUAUAACAAUAAUGUAAACAAAUAUUUUUCUCGUGGAUACUGCCGAUAUUAGUUUUUUUUAUAUAAAUAAAUAUAAAUAUUGCAAAUAGGCGAAAAGAAUUAUUCGAGAAAAUAAUCUUGAUUGUGAUAUCAAGAGAAAAUAGUUUCUUUAUUUGGCAAUAUUUUGUUGAUUAGUCGAUUUGAUAAAAUAUGGAAAAGGAGCGCAACAAGAGGCCUAUUCGGAUAAAGAUAAUAAGCAUGGGUAAUGCAGAGGUCGGAAAGAGUUGUAUUAUAAAGCGAUAUUGCGAAAAGAGGUUCGUUCACAAAUAUUUAGCAACGAUCGGCAUCGAUUACGGAGUGACGAAAGUGACGGUGAAAAAUAGAGAAGUUAAAGUAAACAUUUUCGAUAUGGCCGGUCAUUCAAUAUUCUACGACGUCCGAAACGAAUUCUAUAAAGAUACGCAAGGGGCUUUACUGGUCUAUGACGUAUCAGAUCGGAGUAGCUUUGAAUCCCUCGAUCACUGGUUGACAGAAAUGAGAAAUGAAAUAGGAAAUGCUUCGGAAAUGCAGAACGUGUUCUACGUUGUUUGUGCAAACAAGACUGAUUUAAAGAGAAAAGUCGACGAAUCCGACGGUAGACUCUGGGCAGAUUCUAAGGGAUUUAGGUACUUUGAAAUGUCUGCUCAAACUGGUGAAGGGAUUACGGAAAUGUUUCAAGUGGGAAUCUUUCAAUUAUAGUUUGACACUAGCACUAGAAAUGAAUAGUGAAUAGUGAAUAGUAUAGAUAAUAACAAUUUUUAUUUAAUGGUUAUUCUCUGCUUUUUCUCCUUUAAAAUAUACAACAGGAACUCUUCGAGGGUGUUCUUCAUAUGGUAGAGAAUGGAGGUAAAUUAAAGCUGCCUUCGACCCAACUUGGUUACAGUAAGGAGCAAGCGGAGGCUAUUUAUCAAUUGAAAAAUGCCAAGGAUAACUAUGAACGAUUGGGACUAAUUCCUGGAGCGACAAAAGACGAUAUAAAUAAUGCCUACAGGAGGUUAGCGAAGCUUCUUCAUCCCGACAAAAGUGUUGCACCCGGAUCAGAAGAAGCCUUCAAAAUUUUAGUAUCAGCAAGAACAUCUUUGUUAAAAAACGUUCGAUAAACCGGUAAUUGAAACUCGCGCCAAAAGUAAAAUAAAAAUAUUUUUUUUCCAUUUCCAAUAGUAAAUUAGGUGGAUUUAUUUUUCAAUAAAACCUACCGCUGUAUUAUAUGACACUAUUUGCGUAGACGCUACAAACGUACAUGCUAUGGCUUAUCAAUUUCAAUAAUGUGUUUGUUCAUUCCCUCUAGCCGUGCGUUGACUAUUAUAUUUGCUUGCUAUUAAAACUUGUACAAAAAAAUUGAUGCACUAUAUCGAUUGUCCCACAGAAAUUAUUACGUAAACGAAUUAAGGACCGAUGGAAAGAGGGGAAGAAGUAUUCUUCAAGAGAAUAAAGCAAACCGCCUUUUCUCGUUUAGCCUUUUAAUUUAUAAGUUUGUUGGCCUAACUAAUAGCAAAAUAGAUAAAUCUUCAAUUGAUUGCUCAGCCACGUAGAGUGCGUUAAGCGUCACAAUAACUUUUUAAACGACCUAUAGAUAGACGCACACAUAUCGAGGCCAGCUCUGCUAGUUGGCUACAUUCUCUCUCUCUCUCUCUCUUUUUUUUAUAGAUUUAAAGUGUCAAAAUGUUAAAAGAUACAGUAUUUGCUCUACAUAACUAAAUAUACAAUAUAUUUAUAUUUAUAUCUCCUGUAACUGUAUAUAUAUGAUAUAUUUAUAUUUAUAUUGCUCAGGCUAUAUUUAUAUAUUUAAUAUAAGCACACGUUUUUCAUUUCUCACUCUUAAGCUCCCUCUCUGUCUCUCUCGAUCUAUCUAUUUAUCUUUUAUUCAUUUUCUAUUCCAACUGUUACUACUUUUUCUCUGUUGUCUAACCGUUAAUACUCUCAGCUACUCGCUUUUCUCUCUUUGUCUCUAUCCUACUUAAUCUGUAACAACUCUUUAAGAAUAUUAUCCAAUACUCUCAUUUAAAAAGGUCAAAUUAAAGGAAAAGUCACACAGUUUUUGCUUUUAAUUGACCGCUAGGCAAUCAAUGCAUAAACGAAAUUCAAGAAGAGACGCAAUAAAAGCGAAGGAAUAAUCCAUUUUCUUUUCUAUUCGACGCGCAAAAGCCGAGCUUCUUGAUUUAUUAAUACGGUAAAGGAUCAUUAGAAAAGAAACAGAACAAAUUUUCUUUCAUUUUCAGAUGUUUGUUCCUCGAACCUAAAUUCUCGACGGAAGAAAACAUAGGACAAAUUCUAAUUUGCAAUGCAAUUUGUUGCUUUUUUUGAAAUAGACAUCUUGCGUAAUUUAUAAACUUUAUACAGCAGAACAAGCAUUCCAAUAGAAAGAUAAAGAGAGGGAGGGAACGAGGAAGGGGGGCGAGAGGUGGAAAAGGAUGUGGGGGGGAGGUGAGGGUAGAAGAUAGAUAGCUAGAUAGCUAGAUAGAUAGAGAGAUAGAUAGAUGGAAGCAGAGAGAAAUAUGAAAAUAGAAGGAAAGAAAGGGAAGAAAAUAGCUAUAUAAACACAAUCUAAUUAAAGAAACAUUUACUGUCUAAUAAAUACCGAGUAUUUUAUAUUAAGUAUUCAGUAUAUAUAAUAUCCUAUAUAAACGUAUAUUAUAUAAAUAAACGUACAUAAUCAAAACAA